UUACCCUCCAUUAAAUGCAAUUGCACCCUCGCAAUACGCUCUGCAAUAACUCUUUGCUACCACAAAUUUCUUCAUCUCUUCCCCCUUUUAUCUCCCCCUCUUCCAUCCUUCUCCAACUCCAUCUCCUACUCCUGCUUUUUGUCUAUAUCUAUAUCACUUUCCUGCUUCACCUCACCACCUACUUCUUAUACCAUUAAACCUCAACUCCAGCCACAACUGCCAACCACUUCCUCUUCUUCCUGGGGAGUUUCCUUUGUUAGGCAAAAUCCCAAGACAGAAAGGGAAGAAGAAGCUGGUUUUGAGAGAUAUGUAGACAGACAAGGCAUAGUUGGAUUCCCUUAGAUCGUCGUCGGGACGUAAUCUAUAAAUAUUAUAUAUUUUUUCAUUUUGAGGGGCUUUUAACCCGAUUUUUGUCUUGCAAGGACUGUCUCGAAUUUGUCAUCAUUUAGCUUUUAUUAUUAUUAUUGUAGAUUCUGUCUCGCUUCGUACAUCAGCACAUAAGAAUCUUCGAGGAUAAAUAUAUACUAUAUAUAAAUCCCAAGGAGCCAAAAGAAAAAACACACCAGAGUCAACUUUGUCUCUCACUGCUUGAGAAUCUAAAGAGAACGUAGUCUCUCUCACUUAAAUCAAAACACAGUUUUAAGAAGUGUGAAGAAGCUACCUAUAAGUGAAUAAAUAUUGUUUCUGGACUAUGCCGGCCGGUGUAAUGGUUCCGACGAGAAACAUGCCGUCAAUGAUCAGUGGAAACGGGAAUGUUGGUGGCUUCGGAACUAUCUCAGGACUUACCCUUGGUCAGAUAUAAUAUGUUCCAGCAGCCUAAUAACAACAUGAUGGAAGGUCAGCUCCACCCUUUUGAGAUGACCCAAAACACUUCUGAAAGUGAAAUUGCUCGAAUGAGAGAUGAAGAAUUCGACAGUGCACUCAAAUCUGGCAGCGAAAAUCAUGAAGGUGUGUCUGGGGAUGAUGAUCAAGAUACUCGUCCUAACAAAAAGAAGCGUUACCAUCGACAUACCCAGCAUCAGAUUCAAGAAAUGGAGGCGUUUUUCAAAGAGUGCCCGCACCCAGAUGACAAGCAAAGGAAGGAACUUGGGCGUGUAUUAGGGUUAGAACCAUUGCAAGUUAAAUUUUGGUUCCAAAACAAGCGCACCCAAAUGAAGACCCAGCAUGAACGGCAAGAGAACUCGCAACUUCGAGCCGAGAACGAAAAGCUAAGGGCUGAUAACAUGAGAUAUAGGGAAGCUCUUAGCACCGCUUCAUGCCCGAAUUGUGGUGGUCCAACUGCUGUAGGACAAAUGUCCUUUGAUGAACAUCAUCUCAGGCUUGAAAAUGCUCGGUUAAGAGAAGAGAUUGAUCGUAUAUCAGCAAUAGCUGCAAAGUAUGUUGGGAAGCCAGUGGUGAGUUAUCCUCUUCUCUCUUCUCCUAUGACUCCUCGACCACUUGAUUUCGGUUCACAAACUGGCUCCGGAGAGAUGUAUGGUGCUGGGGAACUUCUUAGGUCGAUAAAUGCGCCUGCGGAGGCUGAUAAGCCAAUGAUUAUUGAGCUUGCCGUUGCAGCUAUGGAGGAACUAGUUAAAAUGGCUCAAGUGGGUGAACCAUUGUGGAUGACCAGUCUUGAUGGCUCAACCUCCGUGCUUAAUGAAGAGGAGUAUAUUAGGACUUUUCCUAGAGGAAUUGGACCAAAGCCUACCGGCUUCAAAGGCGAAGCUUCAAAAGAAACUUGUGUUGUUAUCAUGAACCACAUUAGCCUCGUUGAGAUUCUCAUGGAUGUGCACCAGUGGUCUACUGUGUUCUCGGCAAUAGUUUCAAAGGCUUCCACUUUGGAUGUCCUAUCAACAGGGAUUGCAGGGAACUAUAACGGAGCCCUACAAGUGAUGACAGCUGAAUUCCAAGUUCCUUCACCUCUUGUUCCAACCCGAGAGAGUUAUUAUGUAAGAUACUGCAAACAUGAUGCAGAGGGAACAUGGGCUGUGGUUGAUGUUUCAUUGGAUAAUAUACGCCCUAAUCCAGCAAUGAGAUGCCGACGAAGACCAUCUGGAUGUUUAAUUCAAGAAAUGCCCAAUGGGUACUCAAAGGUUACAUGGAUUGAACAUGUUGAAAUUGACGAUCGAGGUGUUCACAAUCUUUACAAGCAGCUAGUAAGUUCGGGCCAUGCUUUCGGAGCCAAACGUUGGAUUGCUACUUUGGAUCGACAGUGUGAGAGGCUUGCAAGUCUCAUGGCUACUAACAUUCCUACUGGUGAUGCUGGGGUCAUAACAAACCAAGAUGGGAGGAAGAGCAUGCUGAAGCUAGCCGAGCGAAUGGUGAUCAGUUUCUGUGCCGGAGUGGGUGCCUCGACAGCUCACACAUGGACGACAUUAUCGGGAACUGGGGCGGAUGAUGUAAGGGUAAUGACCAGAAAGAGUGUGGAUGAUCCAGGCAGACCUCCUGGGAUUGUGCUAAGUGCUGCUACUUCCUUCUGGCUUCCAGUUUCACCCAAGAGGGUAUUCGAUUUCCUCAGAGAUGAGAAUUCUCGAAAUGAGUGGGAUAUUCUUUCUAAUGGUGGAGUUGCCCAAGAAAUGGCUCACAUUGCUAAUGGCAGGGAUACAGGCAAUUGUGUUUCACUACUUCGAGUCAAUAGUGCAAAUUCAAGCCAAACCAACAUGCUGAUAUUACAAGAGAGUUGCACUGAUCCAACAGCUUCAUUUGUAAUCUAUGCUCCUGUCGACAUUGUUGCAAUGAAUGUGGUUCUAAACGGUGGCGACCCUGACUAUGUCGCCCUUCUUCCAUCGGGUUUCGCUAUUCUUCCGGAUGGGAGUAGUGGGAGCACUGGAAGCGGCAUGGCUGAUGCGGGUGGCAGCUCUGGUGGAUCACUUCUAACUGUUGCGUUUCAGAUUUUGGUGGACUCAGUUCCUACUGCAAAACUAUCUCUUGGAUCGGUUGCGACAGUUAACAAUUUGAUUGCAUGUACGGUUGAAAGGAUAAAAGCUUCUCUAUCAUGCGAGAAUGCAUGAACUGGCACAGCCUUCAUGGUUUAGGUAC